AUGGCCGGACCUUUACCAUCUGGUUGGGAAGAACGAUUUGACGUUAUGACUGGAUAUGUCGAUACAAAGAAUGGAAAAACAACUUGGGAUGAUCCACGUCUCAAUCCGCAACUUGCAUAUUCUUCUCCACCAAUGUCUCCCAGUAUAGGAGCAGCUCAUCCAUCUUAUCCAGAGGCUCAACCUUCGACAUUUCCUUCAAUACAUGCUGUACCAUCCUGUCCUUGGGUUCCUUCUGUAUCGAUGCCAACUCCACCGGUCACUAAUAUGCCUGAUCCAUUUCAUACAGCAUUUAAUCAUAAUCCAACGCGACCACCUAUUAUUCAUCAAAAUUCAUUGCCGAUGCCCACGAGUAAUCCAGUUGUUUCUCCGCCUUUCAAACACCAUACAAUGCCAUUAGGUCCUCACCAUACAACAACUGCCACUUCAGAUCAAAAAUAUCAAGAUUACUCUCGGGACUUUAGCGGCAAAGCGGGAAAAGCGGUCGAAGCGACUUUAAAAUUCGGAAUAAAUACAGGGAAAAAGUUCAUAUCGAGUGCAAAGAAAAAUGGCAAUCCAACACCAUUUCAAACUUCUUUUCCUACAACGCAUCAACCAGUUUCAAACGGUGCUAACGGGUAUAUAAUACCGCAGGAUGAAAUUAUUUCCACUGGUCCUCCUCAAGCAGUUGAUUAUUUUGGACACGUAGAUAAUAAAUAG